AUGCAAAUCCAUCACGAAGAAACCACUAGCCGAGAAGACCAGUGGGCAUUCCGCCACUUCGUUAGCAAAGUGUUUUACUUCCGUGUAGAGCCUGCAGUAGAUCGGGUGAUUAGACUCAACCGAGUGAUUCGUUCCUGGCGGCAACUCAACGGCAAACUGCAACCUCCUGAGACGCAACCUCAACGCAUCCGCUCGACUCGCCGCCAGGUGGCAGCACGUUGCCACCAACAGCAACAUUCCAGAGUAUUCGAGACAGUAACCCGAGUGCCCGAGAAGAGCUUGGAAGUGACGCAGACGAAGAACGACAACGCGGCGGUGAACGUCACGUGUUCCGCCGAAGGCGUCUACCCGGAGCCAGUCAUCGUCAUCCAGCGCCAGGAGAGCUAUUAA